CCUAGCUCAAGCUUCACCCUGCAACGUCUUUUUUCCAAAGCGACCUACAAUCUCACCAGGUCUUCUUGAGAUAAUCCCCUUUAGACGCCGCCAUACUCCGUCGCGAGAAGAAUCUCGAAGACCUACCUAGGCCUUUCGGCCUCCUCCAACCGCCACCAUGCAGAUUCGGAGUACCUCCAUCUCGUCCUCGAUCCUCGCAGCUAUAUCAGGCGACUCCAACAACCCCGACAAACCAAGCCUCAAAAAGCGCAUCUUCCGCGUCUUCACCUCGUUCCUCUCCGUCUUCCACCUUCCUCUCGCCCGAUAUCGUGCCGCAGACUUCCUCGAGCUCCGGCACAAUGUCUGGCACUUUGACGAAGACGAGUACACAAACCCCUUCCACCUCGCACAGAAGGCAGCCAAGGGCAAGGGCCGCGAAUCCGACCUCGUGCCCGUCGGCGAUCUGGGGUACAGCGGCUCGACCUUCUUUACGACGGCCGACGGCAAGUUUCUUAUCAAGUCGCUGCCCCGCCGUUUCGAGCACGAAUUCUUCACGCACGACUUAUUUGAUGCCUACGUUGCACAUACGAAGGAGCACCCGCACAGCUUGCUGGUUCGCAUCACCGAUAUGGCGUAUACCGCGAAAGCGACGAUUGGUGGCAUCCUUGGCAUGGCGCCGACGCACCAUAUCAUCAUGGAGAACUUGAUGUACGGCAAGAAAGAGGAGGAGACCGAUCACCGAAGGGAUCAGUGGGAGACGUACGACCUCAAGCCGAACGAUUACUUCUUCCCCGAACGGGACAUCGCCAACGGCAACCUUGCACCACAGAGCGUCAAGGAGCGAUUGAUAGACGAGUUCGAAGACAAGAUCCGCGUCACGCCCGACCAGAAGAAGGAGCUGCUUGACCUUCUCCAAGCCGACACCCAACUCCUAGCCGAGAACAACGCCGUCGACUACUCACUGUUCAUGGUUCGCUACCCCGGGCCCAACGUUCUCGAUGAACCCCGCGACGUUCCCACCAUUCAAUCCGACGCCCCUCCCUGGCGCACCGGCCUUACCGAUGCUGACGGCAACUGGACCUACCGCAUGAUUGUCCUCGACUUCUUCUGGGCCAAGCACAAGUUCCGCGCGAAGGCCAUGACUGGACUCGUCAAGUCGUACAAUGUCUUUGCCGGCCACGGCCCUAUGAGCAUCACUGCCAAUCCUACGGAGUACCGUGAGAGGUUCCUCAACAUGGUUCGGGAUUUCGUCAUUGAAGUAUAAGACAGUCGGUCAAUGCAUGUGGAUAUAAGGUGUGGAGGUUUCCCUUGGCUAUCGACUUAUCGGAGCACGGCGUUGGGCUAGCAUGUAUACCCCUUUUCCUUGCGUAACGUUAGUUCAUCAUUUCCAAGAUACCAGAUUGAAUACGAUGCUUUGCGGUAUUGCAUAUGAUCCUGCUUGCGUGCAGUCAAGUCGCAUCAUGCGCCCUAGGUCUACGACCUAUAGCUGUAACCCAAUAUUAUCGUCAAGCAUUGCUCUGUCUACAUUCAUACCAUCAUUUAUUUCUUCUGACGAAUCUAUUCACAAUCAGAUAAUCCUCAUAGAUCAUUUGGAAACUGUCAAGAAAUAAUCAAUAAGGUUCAUAGUCCCCAGUCCAAUGCUAGCAAAUCGAACGCUG